AAGCUUGCUUUACGGCUCAAGGCCGCUUUUUACGGCAUUUUCCGGCUUCCCAUUCACUUCGCAGUGAAGAUGGCGUCAGGCAGUGGGACAAAAAACUUGGACUUUCGCCGAAAGUGGGACAAAGAUGAAUAUGAGAAGCUCGCCGAGAAGAGGCUCACGGAAGAGAGAGAAAAGAAGGAUGGAAAACCAGUGCAGCCAGUUAAGCGAGAGCUUCUCCGGCAUAGGGACUACAAGGUGGACCUGGAAUCCAAACUCGGAAAGACAAUUGUCAUUACCAAGACUACCCCACAGUCUGAGAUGGGAGGAUACUACUGCAAUGUCUGUGACUGUGUGGUGAAAGACUCCAUUAACUUCUUGGAUCACAUUAAUGGAAAGAAACAUCAGCGAAACCUGGGUAUGUCUAUGCGUGUGGAACGUUCCACCUUGGAUCAAGUGAAGAAACGUUUUGAAGUAAACAAGAAGAAGAUGGAAGAGAAGCAGAAGGAUUAUGAUUUUGAGGAACGGAUGAAAGAACUCAGAGAAGAGGAGGAAAAGGCCAAAGCCUACAAGAAAGAGAAGCAGAAGGAGAAGAAAAGGAGGGCGGAAGAGGACUUGACAUUUGAGGAGGAUGAUGAGAUGGCAGCUGUGAUGGGCUUUUCUGGCUUUGGUUCCACCAAGAAGAGUUACUGAGGCUUUCUAUGCUUGGCUUUUUGCUGGGCCUAACUGUGUGUGUGUGGGUGUCAUUUUGGGGGAGGUACUGGGGAAAGUUGGUAAGAGUGGCAAUGGGGAGGGCUAGAGGGUGGGUGUUUCUGGUUUUCCUCUGCCUUGGGAGAGAGCACAGAAUGCAAAGGAACAUGCUGUGGCAUAUUCCGUCAGCCUCAGUACAUCACUGGAGACACAGGACCUCUGACCAUCUGAUUUCCCAAUAAAGAAAAACCCCUCUUCUGAGGCUGCUUUCCCGAAACUCCCUUGAAUCUUUCCCUCUUCAUCUGUCCAUCUCUUAUCUGAGCAUCCUACAUUUAUCCUGUGUUCUGCCUUUGUUUUAAUUUUGACUCAGCCUACAGCAGAAGGGUUCUCUGGGUCCCCAGUUUCCAGUUGACAGUAUAUCCUUGACUCCCCCUUCCCGCCCUCCAACCUCUCUCCAUCUCCCUUGUGGUUCUCUGGCCACCUGUGCAUGCAUGUGUACUUCUGCCUGGAUCUGUGGUAUGUGCGGGUGCGUGUGCAUGAAUCUGUCACAUAGAGGGAGCCUGAGCUAGAGCCUCAAGAGCAUCGCUGCCUUGGGGCCUGGUGUUCUCAGCUUCUUCAGAGCAUGUAACAGGAAAUUAAAUGGGAUGAGUGGUGUGGUUUUUGUUUGGUGAGUUUUUAAACUUUUGUUCUUCAUAUGUAAAAUCUGUUCAGCUUUUCCUAUUUGUUUCAUUUUAUUGAAGAUUACCCUGUUUUUGUCUUCCUUGUAAGCAGGCUCUUGGAAGAACCUGUUUGAUGCAAAAAAGAAAAAGGAAAAAACCUCAUAUGGGAGCCCUUGGGUCUCAGAGGCUGUUCAACAUGUAUAAUAAAUGACAUUGACUGGGCCUAUUUCACAUUUGGUGGGAACAUUCCAUAUUCUUCCCUGUGUAUUGUUUUUUUUUCUUCCCCACACUUUUUCUUCUCCCUGUAUUUGAGCCCUGUCACUUUUUUUCUAGAUUUCCUUCAAGACGAGUUAUAAUUCCCUCUGAUGGGAUCUGUGCCUGGAGGAGUCUAAAAAAACUUUCCCUAUUUUUUAGCCUCCUUUGAUCUGCUGGUUUUGGAACAGCAGAGCUCAGGGUUGAAAACUUAGUGUUUUCUUAACUAUCUGCAGUUAGGCUAGGCACAGGGUUCUCAGUUUUGCACUGUUGACAUUUUGGCCUGGAUAAUUCUUUGUUGUGGGGGCACCCUUGUGUGUUGUAGGAUAUUUAGAGUAUCUUUAGCAUCUACUCACUAGUUGCCAAUAGCACCUUCUCCAAGUUGUGACAGUUAAAGAUGUCUGUGUCCCCUGGAGGUUGGGAUGGAGGGACAGAAUUCCUUCCCCUAGCCCCACUGAGAACCAUUAAGAAGCUGCCUUGCCUAGUUUGGUCUAACUUGAGAAUUAGAUGGCACAGACUGGUUAAAGUAAAAACAACUUUGGUAUUCUCUGGGUCAGAUACUAUGCCAGGUCCCAGGGAUGCAGAGCAGGGGCAGGGGGAAAUCAGUUCCUUAAAGUAAAAAAACAAAUGGUAAUUACAAGAGUUUUAAGCAAGUGAAUUCUAUAGCAACGUUAGUUGGUUCUGUACCUUGAAAAGUGGGCUCUAUUUUGGUUAACAAGGCUGCUACCAUAUGGGUUGUUGACAUUUUCUGCCUCAUCUAGCUCUUCUGACACCUUUAUGUAGCAUCUGAACCACUUGUGGGUCCCUCAGAGUACUGUAUACUCUUCCCUUUGGACUUAUGUGCAAAAUUUCCUUACUGUCAGACAUAUCUUUUUCCUAAUUUUAUUUCUGAUGCUGAAUCUUGCCACUGGAAACACUGAGAUCAUCAUUACUGGUUCAAAAUUUCUCCUACAGUAUUUGUUGUAGGCAUAUUAGUUGGUGCUUUCCUUGGCAGGAUUCUGUGUUCUACAGGUCCUCUGGUAAGAAUCUGCCUUUGUCCCCUGGGUCCUUUUGUUCCCCCUUUCAAGACAGACUGGAGAAUUUGUCAAUGUGCUGAGUUCCUUCAGUGCUUCAGUAUUCUUCAGGCAGCUAAUUAGCUUGACUUCAAGUGAUUUCCCUCCCGUUUUGAUACUGGUGGAAUCUGACUUCUGGUUACCUCUACUGAAAAGCAAUUUUGAAGUCCAUUUUCUCUACGUUCCCUUGGGACUGGCAAAUGGUUUGAGUUUCCAAGGGAUCUGUCUAGCUCAUGGGUGUUAAGAGGGAUUCAAGCUGGUGAAUUAAAAGUGGGGGACGAAGGAGAUGGGAUGGAAAUUUAGGAGUCUAGAGCAAUCCUAGAAGAAUUUCUCAGAAGAGAAACUUUCUUGAUGUUUGUGGUCUUUCUAAAAAUCCAAGGAAAUUUUGCAUUCUGAUUGAAGAGUUUGUCUGUCACUGGCCGACGUGAGUUCAUUCAUUCAGUGAGUUCUGAGAUGCUGAACUUGUUCUAGGUCCUGGUAGUAUCUUCUGGGAC